UGUCUGAGAAAGCAGCUCUCAGAGGGAGGGAGGCGGGCGGCCUUGACUGACAUACCAGAGGGCUGGCUUUUUGGACGGCUCUUAGCAACGGCCCUGGUUUGACUCUCCUCAGCCAUGAGAAAAUCGAAUCAGUGUACCAUUCUUCCAGGCGCGAUGCAGCAUCAGCAGCUCAACGUCCAGGGGGCCUUCCUCUCUGCGUGUUAAUUACCAGCUCUUUCUCAUCUCAGGGUUCCUGCCUUUGCAAAGUGCUCCGGAGAAGAGGCAAGAAAGACCACCACCCCGCCCCCUCGCUGCCUGGGGCUUCAGGCUUGAUCAGAUGGCUAACAGGGGUCCCAGCUACGGCUUAAGCCGAGAGGUGCAGGAGAAGAUCGAGCAGAAGUAUGACGCGGACCUGGAGAACAAGCUGGUGGACUGGAUCAUCCUGCAGUGCGCCGAGGACAUAGAGCACCCGCCCCCCGGCAGGGCCCAUUUUCAGAAAUGGUUGAUGGACGGGACGGUCUUGUGCAAGCUGAUAAACAGUUUAUACCCACCAGGACAAGAGCCCAUUCCCAAGAUCUCAGAGUCAAAGAUGGCUUUUAAGCAGAUGGAGCAAAUCUCCCAGUUCCUAAAAGCUGCGGAGAUCUAUGGCGUCAGGACCACUGACAUUUUUCAGACGGUGGAUCUAUGGGAAGGGAAGGACAUGGCGGCCGUGCAGAGGACCCUGAUGGCUCUAGGCAGUGUCGCAGUCACCAAGGAUGACGGCUGCUACCGGGGAGAGCCAUCCUGGUUUCACAGGAAAGCCCAGCAGAACCGGAGAGGAUUUUCAGAGGAGCAGCUUCGCCAGGGACAGAGCGUGAUAGGCCUGCAGAUGGGCAGCAACAAGGGGGCCUCCCAGGCAGGCAUGACCGGGUAUGGGACGCCCAGGCAGAUCAUGUGAGGCGCCGCGCCCCGCCCCACGUAGAGAGGACGGACGUUCCACACCGCGGUCUCCGUGAUCAAGAAAUAGCUAGUCACCUUCCGGCCUUCUCCUCGUCCCAAAGCCUCCUGUCCCUGGUUGUUGCAAGUGCUGCGUUUCUGCCGCGAAUCCACGUUGCCUACUGCCGCCACCUUCUGUUCGUUUAGAACUAUGCAAAGACUCCGCUCCCUCUUCCCGAGCUCCCUCUCCCUGAAAGCCCGCCUUUGUCUGACUAUUUAUUUAUUUAUUUAUUUGCCAGAAAUUUCGCUCCUCAACUUAUAGAAGGCACCUAAUAAAUGAAUGAGUCUUGUGUCUU